ACUCCCAGGGUGGCAAUGUAAUUGAAACAUGGCUGUUUACCUUUCAUUACCGUCAAGUGAGAGAUUAAAACAAAAGAAACAAGAGGGAAUGGAGGAGAGGAGGCCAGAGCAGAGGGUCACCAGAUGGACAGGAAGAAAGCGAGAGCUGCAGUUCUCAAAUUUGACCAUUGGGUGGUAAUGAUGCAUUAUAGUUGGACUGAAAAUAAAGGAAGAGGAAGAGCCAGAGUCUCCGUGCCAUGGUUGUUCUAUCCUCACAUAAACUUCAACCUCGAAAUGGCCACUUCAGUGCCGGACCCUGAGGUGUCUGUGCUGCUUCACUGUGGACACUGGAGGGGGCUGCUGGAGUCUCAAGUGCAAGUAGAGCUCUCUGAAAGAUUUAACAGGCAGACAGAUUCAGCUCUAGAGCGUCACAUAAAUGAGGUUUGGACUGAGCGUCUGUUCAAGGAGCCGUGGCUUUUCAACGGGGCCAAAUUCAGGCUGCAUUCUUUCUGCUUGGCGUCAUCAAAACAUCUACUUUCUGCUUAUUCCUCCCAAACCUCCUUAAUGGACGUUGAAGAGAACCGGGACAGUCUACGAGGGGAGGGGGAUUUAGCCUGGGACAGUUCAGGCAUUAGGAAUGGCUGUAUAAAUAAGAUGGAAAAUGCCAAAAGCAUCCUUCAGAAGAAAACAAAUAUAUUAUCAGAAACUUCAUCAACUUGCGACCGCAGACAGUUUGAAGGUGUUGCAGGUGAAUGUCACCACCACUCUGGACCUCUCCUCACUCUGAGACUGGGCCUGACAUGCUACAAAGACUACCUGGGAACAAACUGGUCGUGUGGAGCGGCGGAGCUGCGUCAGCGUGGAGAGACAGAGUUCAGAGAUCCCCUGGCGCUGCUGGCCCAACCUCUCGGUGUGGGCGCCGUGCUGUGCACAGGGGACGAUCAGGUGGUGUUGAUCCGGAGGAGCCAGAAGGUGGCAGAGGCCGGGGGGCUCCUGGACAUUCCCGGAGGCCACCCAGAGCCAAAGGUGGUGUGUGAGCGUCUGGGUGAGGCAGUGAACGAAGAGCAGAUCGGUGUGACCACGAUGCAGCAGAGGCCGGACGCUGUCGUCGCAGAGCUGUUCUCCUCUGUGUGUGCUGAGAUCAGAGACGAGGUGAAUAUCCCUCUGAGCUCCCUCGGGGCACCUGUUCUGAUGGGUGUUGCGCUGAAUCACACCAGUGCUGGAAGACCGAGUGCCGAGUUCUUCGUCAGUUGCUCACUGACUUCUGAAGAAGUAAGAAAUCUGUACUGGAAAGGAGGAGCAGAAGCCAACGAGUCCACGGAUGUCAUCUUCCUCAGCAGAAAGGACGUCUUGCAGCUAAACAGAAGCAGCCCUCUGUGGUCAGAGCUGUGUCCUUCAGCUAAAGGAGCCAUGCUGCUGUAUCAAACCGUGAAACCCGACAGAGAUCCAUCUCCCAGAUAACCACACCACAACACGGAUACGCACAAGAUAGAUUUAUUCAUUUCAAGCACUCAUUGACCGACACUUUGUGUCAAAACUCUUUAAAAUACUGCAUCUUCCUCAUGAACUGUACACUGUACAAUAGCAAGUUUAAAUUUGUGUAUAUGUUUUGGAUAAAAAUCCUAAAAAGUGUCCUUUUUGUAAUUAAAAUUACAAAACGAUUAAAACACUGAUUAUCUUUGA